AUGGAGUCUCAAAAUUUAGGUUGGGCCAUUGAUGCCUUACUUGUCUGGCAUGAUCUCAUGUCAACUGGUUCGCUCCUGCCCUGUCUGCAUUGCAUAUGCGGUCUCGGCCGUCGCCAUCUGGGUCUCAUGAAGAAGCUGUCGGAGGAUACCUCGUGCAAAAACAGUAUACUGACUUGUCAUUUGGGUACAUGUACUAUAUUUCACAAGCACGCUGGCAUUGUUGCAAGCUUGCAACGUGACACGAUUGCACCACCGGUAAGUCUAUUGGGGGAAGCCGGGAAACGGUACAGUCAGCGAGAUGUCUCUGUUGUUGGUUCGUUGCAGUGGAUGAUGAUCGAUCUUACGCAACUCGUGCCUCUGAAGCUGCCCCGAUUCAGCAAAUCUAAUUCUUGUCUUGCAGAUUAUUUCCUGUUGUUGGUUAUCGAAAUGUCAACCCUCAGGUUCUGGGCUGAAACGGAGGCGCAGGCCUUGCCACUCGUGAACUUGACGAGAGUCCGUGAGGUCCAACUUGACCAAACUUGCGCCAACCCACUUGUUAUCAUCUGCCUGUCUGUGGCACUUGCACAAAGGUCUGCGGGCAGAUAA